AUGGAGAUGGGGUUCGACGCCUUCGCGGCAGCGUGUUGUGCUAUUCCAGUACUCGUAUCCGUUCUGGCCGUCCGCGUCGCGUACGUGCUUUGCCGCAGCGGCCUACCGCCGUCGAGGUCUCGUGCCCCCGGGCUGCGGUGUCUCAUCGUCCUCGGGUCUGGAGGGCAUACUGCAGAGAUGAUGAAUAUUGUAACUGAGCUUCAGAAGGAACGGUUUACGCCAAGGUACUAUGUGGCUGCACUUACUGAUAACAUGAGCCUUCCAAAGGCACAGGUCUAUGAGAAGUCAUUGAUUCAUAUGGAGGGUGAUAGAGAAACGAUCAUCGAGAACGCCGAGUUCAUGCAGAUAUAUCGUAGCCGUGAAGUGGGCCAAUCCUACAUUACCUCUAUUGCAACAACACUGUGUGCUAUUUUGCAUGCUAUGUGGCUAAUAAUAAGAAUCAGACCACAAGUGAUAUUUUGCAAUGGUCCCGGGACAUGCAUCCCUCUAUGUGCGUCAGCUUUUCUUCUGAAGGUGCUUGGUCUGGGAUGGUCCUCCAUUUUCUACAUUGAAAGUAUCGCAAGAGUGAAGAAGCUUUCGUUAAGUGGUUUACUGUUGUACAAGCUACGGAUGGCCGAUCAGUUCUUCGUGCAGUGGCCCCAGCUGCAACAAAAAUACCCUAGAGCACAAUAUGCUGGUCGUUUGAUGUGA